UGGCUACUGUCACCUCUCAUUUUCCGUGACGACUAUGUUUUUAUCCAAUCUGAUUGGUUUGUGGGACUUGCUUACACGGCGGGAACUUCUAGCUAGCUUGUCAGAUAAUAUAUCAGUUGGACAAGGCAGUCACCAUGGCUGCUCCCCCAGUGGAGUACACCAUAGGAGGGGUGAAGAUACAGUUCCCUUGCAAAGCCUACCCCUCGCAGCUGGCCAUGAUGAACUCUAUAGUGCGAGGGCUGAAUCAUGGACAGCACUGUCUAUUGGAGAGCCCUACAGGGAGUGGCAAGAGCCUAGCCCUGCUCUGCUCUGCCCUGGCCUGGCAGCAGGCACAAUAUGGUAAGCUUGAACAGGACGGCAGCAAUCCUACAGAGGGUAAGAAGCCAGCUGUCACCACCCCCUGUCCGUGUGCCUGUCAUAGCAAACCCGCCAGUGUCCCAGACAACAGGCCCAAAGCACUAGCCACUGUGGUGGUGGACCUCACAGGCUCACCGGAGGUAGUGAUGGCACAGGGAUCAUCUUGUCCCACAGACCCAGUGCCCCCUCCACCAGAGGAGUACAAGCCCAAGUCUCUAGCCUCUCGUCUGUCUGACAAGGUCCAGACCUCCCUCACCUCCGAGGAUGAUGACUUCCAGCCUGAUAGGAAACGCAUCCGCACCCCUGCCAUGGAGCAGAAGGGUCGUAAGAGGAGGUGCGUGGAGCCGGGAGUGGUGUUUAUAGAUGAUGAGCCAGAAGGAGAGCGGCCAGUGCCUGGAGCACAGACCUGGACUGUGGAGCUGAGUACCCAGGCACAGACUAUAGACCUGCCACUUGAUAGAAACUGCUGUUCCCCCAUGCUGUCCUGCUCUCUCUGCCCCUGUGCCUCAUCCAAAGGCGGCCAGAAUGGAGCCCCGUGGAAGUCUUCAAAGGAGAAGGACAAAGAGGGCAAGAAGAAACAAGUCCCCAAGAUCUUCUUUGGCACGCGCACCCACAAACAGAUCACUCAGGUCGCCCACGAGAUGAAGCGUACGCUCUACUCUUCCGCCCCCAUGACCAUUCUGUCCAGUAGGGACCACACCUGUGUUCACCCAGAGGUGGUGCCUCAUUCCAACCGCAACGAACGCUGCAAGGAACUGCUGGAAGCCAAGAAUGGCGUGUCGUGCCGCUUCAAAAACGGCGUGCACAAGAUGCAGGACCAGAACGCUUUGCAGUGGGUCCAUGGUCUCCACCAGGCCUGGGACAUAGAGGACCUGGUUCGGCUGGGGGGCCGGCUGAGGGCCUGCUCCUACUACGCUGCAAGGGACCUCAUGCAGGAAGCCUGUAUCGUCUUCUGUCCCUACAACUAUCUACUGGACCCCCUCAUCAGGGAGAGCAUGCAGAUCAACCUGAAGGGUCAGAUUGUGGUUCUGGAUGAGGCCCACAACAUAGAGGAAUGUGCCAGGGAGAGUGCCAGCUACACCCUGAACAAACCCCAGCUGCUCUCUGCCAGGGAGGAGCUGGACGGCAUGGUGACCCAUAACAUCAGACGCUCCAACCACGAACCCCUACGUGCCUUCUGCUGCUCCCUGCUCAACUGGAUGCAGGAGAGCUGCAGUGUUCUGGCUGAAAGGGAGUAUGAGAUGUCUUGUAAGGUGUGGAACGGCAAGGAGGUUCUAGGACUCUUCCACACCAUGGGCAUCACUGCUGACACUUUUGCCAUGCUGCAGAAACACCUGGCAGCGGUGUUGGAGAAGGAGGAGCGAGUUGGGCUGGUGAACGGGAGGGAGGACACCGUGGAGGUCCCCACCAUCAGCUCAGCCAGCUCCUCUGUCCUCAAGAGUCUCUUCAUGGUGCUGGACUUCCUCUACAGGGACAAGAGCAGGUUUGCAGAGGACUACCGCGUGGCACUGCAGCAGUCCUACGCCUGGACCACUGCUCCAGACGUAGCAGAUGCUCAGGGCUUCUUCGCCAGGCCCAACCGCCGACGCCACAGUGCCAAGACCAAGACCCUCGUACACACACUCAGCUUCUGGUGCCUCAACCCUGCUGUGGCGUUCUCAGACCUUUCGGACAGUGUUCACAGCAUCGUGUUGACCUCAGGCACAUUGUCUCCUAUGGGAUCCUUCUCCUCAGAACUGGGGGUCAAGUUCUCUAUCCAGCUAGAGGCCAGCCACGUCAUCAGCAAGUCACAGGUGUGGGUGGGUACGCUGGGCUCUGGCCCCCAGGGGAGGAAGCUGUGUGCCACCUUCCAGCAUGCUGAGACCUAUGCCUUCCAGGAUGAGGUGGGAGCCCUGCUGCUUCGGGUCUGCCAGGCCGUUGGAAGGGGAGUGCUCUGCUUUUUGCCCUCCUACAAGAUGCUGGACAAGCUGCGUGACCGCUGGACCAACACAGGGCUGUGGGAGAAGCUGGAGGAGAGGAAGACUGUGAUCACAGAGCCUAGAGGAGGAGGGAAGGGAGACUUUGAUGAGCUGCUGCAGGUGUACUAUGAUGCCAUCAGAAUCAGUGGAGAGUUUGCAGGGGACAGAGAUGGAGCUCUGCUGAUGGCAGUAUGUAGAGGGAAGGUGAGUGAAGGACUGGACUUCACAGACGACAACGCCAGAGCAGUGGUCACCAUCGGCAUCCCCUUCCCCAACAUCAAGGACCUGCAGGUGGAGCUGAAGAUGAAGUAUAAUGACCAGCACUGUAAAGCCAGGGGUCUGCUGUCAGGCUCCCGCUGGUAUGAGAUCCAGGCCUACAGAGCCCUCAACCAGGCCCUGGGCAGGUGUAUCAGACACAAGAAUGAUUGGGGAGCCCUCAUUCUGGUAGACGACCGGUUUGGGAACAACCCCAACAAAUACAUCUCAGGUCUGUCCAAAUGGGUGCGUAACCUGGUCAGGCACCACGACACCUUCAGAGGUGCCAUGCAGUCGCUGGUGGCCUUCUCCCAGUGCCAACAGGGGGCAGGAGAGAUCCAUAGAGCAGGGAGCCAGACCUUCAACAGCACCACCGUCCUGUCUCCAGCCAGUCAAUCUUCAGUGACUGUGCAAGAUCUGUCCCACUGUCGGCCCAGUCCUAGCCCCAGCUCAGACUGCCUUCUCUGGGCCACGGUGCACCACACUACCACAUCUCAGGUCCCAGAGCCCCACACCCAACUACAGGGGUUCAGGUCCUGGGUUCCCCCUACGGUCUCUGUCCCACCUGCUCUGUGGCCUCUCCCCACCACCAGCACUGGAAAGAGUGGAAACAGAGGUGACCAGAAGCAGACACAGCAACACCCCUCCACUCAUCCGAACAGUGAUCCCAAGGCCCCGCCCCCGAACAUCUCCACUCCCCUCACCACCCCACGGUCCGUGCACCACCUCUUCACCUCCACCCUUGUGAGCUCCACCCACUUCAAGACUCCAAUCUUCCAGGCCCAGGACCCAAGCAGGCAUCAAGAUCAUCUGGAUGACCUGCCACGGCCUGACUCUGUGGAGGAGGAGAAGAAGAUCCAGGAGAAUGUGAGUCAGGAUCCCUGGAUCCCCUUCCCAGGAGGGAUGGCCCGUGAGGGACUGGAUGGACCGGCAUCUACCCCUCCCAGCCCGGACCAGGACCAGGGUCCGGUUCUAGUCCUCUCCCCAGUGGAGGUCCCUGCCAGUUGUGAGCCCAGACAGACCACUGUAGUUGUUGACGAUCCCACCCUGCUAGAGGAAGAGGAAGACCAGAGCAUCUUCUUCACACCUGAGAUGUUUGAUGACGAAGAUGAGGUGGUGGACACCAAGCCUCUCCCCAGGACAGUGCAGGGGAUGAUGACAGGGGAGGGAACUGUGCUUGCGUCCAGCCUUGCUCUCUCUACCGGAACAGCCCAGGCUCUGUCUGAGGACCUGUUUGGCCCAGAGCAGGGUCCCAGGGAGGACACAGAGACAGUCACUACCACUGAUACCAAGAGGGGAGGCGCUAUCGCUCCCUCAGCCAGUAGAGACUGUGUCAGUGUGGGAUGGGAACAGGACAGGCAGCAGGGGAGUAGGAUAGGGAGUGGUGAUGAGGCCCAACAGACCCAGAGACAGGAGGACCAAGGUCAGGGAGAAGGACAGGAGCUGAACCAGGGGGCGACCCAAGGCCAGAGCAGGCAGACAGGCAGCAGGACACACAGACUGUCCAGGUCCAAACAGAAAGCUCCAGAGCCAUCCUCAGGUCACUGCGCUGAGGACCUUGUUGCAAGACCGACCCAGCCAUGGAAAGGGAGAGUUGUUCCAAAACUUUCUAAAACUCAGGCUAAGAACCAGGUCCAGACCCAUGUCAGGUGCAGUCAGAGGAGCAGAGGCAGGACCAAGGCAGGGGUGCGCUUUGCACCCACCUCCAGUAUCCCAGUCCAGCCACAGACCAAAGACCAGAGCCUAGAGGUCCAGGGCAGGACAGCCAGAGUCAGAUCUGCUAGUGUCGCUGGUCCUGAAGAGACUGAGGGAGAGCAGGCUGUCACAGGAUGGAAGGACCAGGCCUCUACCAAGCCUGUGACUAGUAUUAGGGCCAAGAACAGGGGGCCAGAGGACUCUUUCAAGUCAGGAACCAGCAGGACGGCCAGGGGGCAGGAGGAUGUUCCCAAGCCAGAGACCAACAGCAGUAAGGCCAAGGGGCAGGAGGUUACUAGUGUUUUCUGCCAACAGUACAGCAGCAGGGGGAGAUUGAAGACAACAUGCAGAACAGAGGAGAAGAGAUUCAGGGGGAAAGAGGCACGGUUGCCCCCCUCUUGGGAGGGCCUGGAAGAAGUCACGAGCAGCACCCCCGCCACCACAACAGUGCACUUGGACAUUGUCAACCCUAAAUGCGAGGGUAGAGUGUGUGUCCCAGGAAGUCUUGGAGGUGAACCUGAGACUGAGAGUAGCUCCACUGGUCUAGCAAAGGAAGGGCCUGGUAGUCAGAACUCUUUACAGAAAGGCAUCAAGGUGCAGGAUAGAGGGGGCAACAGGGCCUCUCGGAGGAGGAAGGUGCAUUAGGGGCCACUGCAUAGACCAGGUUUGGAGCCUAGGUAUCUGAACAGUAGUGAUGCACAUUGUUUGUAUGUGACAUGGCUAAUAUGAUGCACAUCAUGCCAACUCAAGUCUUGUCUUUCAGAGGACUAACAACCACAGACCCUGUUCCAGAGGACGACUGUGCUGUGUGUGGGCAGCAGCUACUGCCUGUGGCAGAGGGUACAUUUAAUUCCCACAAAUAAACACAUAUCCUUAUGUCAGUGAUCCUCAAUCAAAUCAACAGAUGUUGUAACUUGUGACCGUGUACCUUAAGUGAGCUGCAGAGCACUGUAUGUUAUCUGGAGCAGAUAGCUAGGCUUAAAGGCACCGGCACACUGUCCAUGCCUCCAUGUCCCCCCUACCCCACUGGUGGUAUGGGGGCAUAGCGGCCCUACAGGCCCUCAGAAGCUGUCUUCAGCCUUACAGGGACAACAACACUACAGGUAGACAUUAAAUAAAUAAUACAUCUGACUUUAUCUUUAAUCUUUACGUUGUUGCCUAACCUACAGGAAUUAGUUCAUUUGUGAUUUCACUGUGGAAUAAUACAGCCACAUACGAAGAACCUGCUAUUACAGACUUUCCUUGUUCGGGCUUGUUUUAGUACCUCUGGGGAUGACCAUAAAGAGAGGGAAGCACUGUUAUAGGAGCUAAACAUUGCAGUCAGCAAGAUGUUUCCAUAGUUACAAAACCCCUGCUUCAUUGAUGCCAUAAGUCUAUGCUGGGGAGCUCCCCUCUCUUUGAAGUAGAGAAACCAACCUGUCUGAACGAUGUCCCAACUCUGAAAGGCUCUAACCUGGAUCCACCCAAAUCACUGACUCAAUAGAUUAUUCAGGACAAAAGAAGCCAUGGUGCCUGCUAGAAUCCCCUAGUCACUUUUCCCUUUGACAGUGGUGCUAUCCAAGCCAAAGAAUAAGAAUGAAUCAUUCUAUUUCUCUGAUCCAAGCACCUUUCAUCCAUACAUACAGUACACACUUCCCCAACAGCAUUCUAUAGUUCCGUUGGUAUAUGUAUUUACAGUCCCUUCAAAGUAAUGAUCCAUUUAAACUAUCUGUCGUUAUAAAACAGCAAUCAGUGUCACUAGCCAAAGAGCGUUUAUACGUAUUCACUUUCCCCCAGGAUUAAGGUGUACGACUUUCUGUGCUGACGAGUGAGUUAAUGUGUGGCUGGCGGCUGAGGCCUUUGAUGCUGUCUCCCUACAGGCUUUUCUGUGGGUUACUUUGCAUUUAGUUGUUUUGUCCUUUAUUUUCAUUUUCUCUUUCACUCUCUGAAGCGCGCACACACACACACACACACACACACACACACACACAGACGUACAGCCUACAAUUCUAUCUGGGACCCAGUGGAGUGCUCUGUGACAAGGCUGCUACAGUGUAGAGGUUGUGCCUUCCACAACCCCUACUCUUCCUCUCCUGCUGCUGUGGUAGCAGCUGAGAUCCAGCACCCACGGGACCCCACCCUGGACCAGGUGAGCUUCGAAGCCUCAACCUUACAGGGAGGGACACAGCACCUUGUACUAGGUGUGCUUGGUCUGGUUGUCCUCUAGCUGGUGCUCCACAGACACAAACAAUUGUUUAUUCCUUAAAAGCAGCAUAUGAAUAAGGAGAGACUAAAUACAUUUGCUUGAAGAACAGUGAUGCUAAGAGUAUGCUAAGUUUUCUAACAGAAUGACAGUUUGUGACAUCAUUCUGUUACCAAACUUUGUUGAACUCACAGGUAUAAGUUAUGUAAUGACAUACAUCUUUUGUUCUGUGCUUAGUACAAGAUGUUCUUUUCUAUCUUCAUAUGUUGCAGUGGGUUUGAAGUGUGGGUUCAGUAACCAAUGUGACAGAUGAACGUUGCAUUGUAACCAAUAUCUGUCCCUCUUCUGUGUUCAGAAAUAUGCUGUAAUUAUUGAACUGUAUGAUGCAAAAUUAAGACUGAAACAUCAUGCCAAUAUCAAUCUAUGGUUGAUAGUGUGUGUGCGCGCAUGUGUGAUGGCAUUGUACUGUACAACCUCUUAGAUGUAAAGUCCCCUGUUUUGGGGACCUACUUGGUUCUAGUACCGGUUCCGACUGACAUUUUCACUUAUAAAUCAGUAUGUGGAUACCAUAGAUCGAAAUGGAUUGCAUUAAGUGGUAGUCCUGAUUCUCAUGGACACAGGAGUAUGUCUCUUCUGCCUGUGUAAAGCAGGAUGUGAAAUCUGACACCACUUGAAGCUGGCAUGCCCCUCCAUUUAAUUCGCUCUUCCGACUGUGCAUCAACUCCUGACUAAACCCUACAUCACGAACAGCCACUAACAAUGCAUAUGCCUGGAAUCCUUACAUCGCAAUUCAGCAGGAGAGAGUGGUUUCGUUGCUGUAGCACAUUCAGAGACCGAUUUAUGGCCAGUAAUCUAAAAUAAUUAGAUCAUUUUAAACAAAAAACACUGUCAUAGAUGGACAAGAUUAAUAGGAGAUGAAAGGUGAGUUCCUCACGAGUAAUGGAAGGCAAGCUCUGUGAGAAGUUCACAGUGAUGGGGGCAGAUGUUUGAUCAGGAGAGAACUUUAGAAAAUAUGCACAUUUUCUCUAACACUAAAUAUACAUCUGUAUUUCACAGUUACAAGCAGUGGUGGAAAAAGUCCCCAAUUUUCAUACUUGAGUAAAAGUAAAGAUACCUUUUUAAUAGAAAAUUACUAUGGGAAGUCACCCAAUCAUGGGAAGUCACCCAGUAAAAUACUACUUGAGUAAAAAAGUAUUUAGUUUUAAAUAUAUUUAAGUAUCAAAAGUAAAUGUAAAAAUAAUUUCAAAUUCCUUAUAAAGCAAACCAGAUGGCUACAUUUUCUUGUUUGUUUUUAAAGUUUACUGAUAGCCAGGGGCAUGCUCCAACACUCAGACAUAAUUUACAAAUGAAGCAUGUGUUUAAUAGGUCCGCCAGAUCAGAGGCAGUAGGAAUAACCAGGGAUGUUCUCUUGAUAAGUGUGUGAAUUAUUUUUGGGUGUCAGGGGAAAUGUAUGGAGUAAAAAGUACAUCAUUUUCUUUAGAAAUGUAGUGAAGUUGCUGCUACCGUUUCUUAUGGCUGAAAAUAAAUUCUGGACCAUCAAAACAGCGAUUACUCACCUCGAACUGGAAGAAUAUUUUUACUUUAACGAGUCCGACGCGAACGAUAUACUGCUUUCUCGGGAACAGUCUCAAAUCCCGUCAUUUGCGUGAAGAAAAGACAGAUGGGGCGGAGGUCGGGCUGCCUGUUAAGAAUUUUUAGGCGAGUGAGUAAACCCCCACUGCCAUACAUUCUGUUGGCUAAUGUACAAUCAUUGGCAAAUUUAAAAUGGAUGACCUACAAUCAAGAUUAUACUACCAACGGGACAUUAAAAACUGUAAUAUCUUAUGUUUCACCAAGUUGUGGCUGGACGACAACACGGAUAAUAUAGAGCUGGCAGGAUUUUCCAUGCACCCGCAGGACAGAGAAGCUACGCCUGGUAAGACGAGGGGUGGGGCUGUGUGUCUAUUUGUCAAUAACAGCUGGUGCACGAUAUCUAAUAUUUAAAACGUUUUUUAGGUAUUGCUCGCCUGAGGUAGAGUACCUUAUGAUAAGCUGUAGACCACAUUAUCUACUAAUAGAGUUCUCAUCUAUAUUAUUAUCGUAGCCGUCUAUUUACCACCACAAACCGAUGCUGGCACUAAGACCACACUCAACCAACUCUGUAAGGCCAUAAGCAAACAAGAAAAUGCUCAUCCAGAAGCGGCGGCCCUAGUGGCCGGGGACUUUAAUGCAGGCAAACUUAAAUCUGUUUUACCUCAUUUCUACCAGCAUGUCACAUGGUCAACCAGAGGGAAAAUAACUCUAGACCACCUUUACUCCACACACAGAGAUGCAUACAAAGCUCUCCCCCACCCUCCAUUUGGCAAAUCUGACCAUAAUUAUAUCCUUCUGAUUCCUGCUUAACAAGCAAAAACUAAAGCAGGAAGUACCAGUGUCUCGCUCAAUACGGAAGUGGUCAGAUGAUGCAGAUGCUAUGCUACAUGACUGUUUUGCUAUCACAGACUGGAAUAUGUUCCUGGAUUCAUCCAUUGGCAUUGAGCAGUAUACCACCUCAGUCAUUGGCUUCAUCAAUAAGUGCAUCCACAACAUUGUUCGUCCCCACAGUGACCGUAUGUACAUAUCCCAACCAGAAGCCAUGGAUUACAGGUAACAUCUGCAAUGAGCUAAAGGCUAGAGCUGCUGCUUUCAAGGAGAGGGACACUAAUCCAGACGCUUAUAAGAAAUCCCGCUAUGCCCUCAGACAAACCAUCAAACAAGCAAAGAGUCAAUACAUGAUUAAGAUUGAAUACUACUACACCGGCUCUGACGUUUGUCGGAUGUGGCAGGGCUUAAACCAUUACAGACUACAAAGGGAAACCCAGCCGCGAACUGCCCAGUGACGCGAGCCUUCCAGACGAGCUAAAUGCCUUGCAUCGAGGCAAGCAACACUGAAGCAUGCAUGAGAGCACCAGCUGUUCUGGACGACUGUGUGAUAACGCUCUUGGUAGUCGAUGUGCGCAAAACCUUUAAACAGGUCAUCAUUCACAAAGCCAUGGGGCCAGGUGGAUGACCAGGAUGUGUUCUCAAAGCAUGCGAACCAACUGGCAAGUGUCUUCACUCGAGGUCGACCGAUUAAUCGGAAUGGACAAUUAAUUGGGGCCGAUUUCAAGUAACAAUCGGAAAUCUGUAAUUUUAGAAGCCGAUUUUGCCCGUUUUUUAUUAAAACAUUAUUAUUCUUUUUUUACCCAUUUAACUAGGCAAGUCAGUUAAGAACACAUUCUUAUUUUCAAUGACGGCCUAGGAACGGUGGGUUAACUGCCUUGUUCAGGGGCAGAAUGACAGAGUUUUACCUUGUCAGCUCAGGGAUUCAAUCUUGCAACCUUACAGUUAACUAGUCCAACGCUCUAACCACCUGCCUCACAAGGAGCCUGCCUGUUACGCGAAUGCAGUAAGAAGCCAUGGUAAGUUGCUAGCUAGCAUUAAACUUAAUCAAUCAUAAUCACUAGUUAUAACUACACAUGGUUGAUGAUAUUACUAGCUUAUCUAGCGUAUCCUGUGUUGCAUAUAAUCGAUGCAGUGCGCAUUCGCGAAAAAGGACUGUCGUUGCUCCAAUGUGUACCUAACCACAAAUACCAAUGCCAUUCUUAAAAUCAAUACACAGAAGUAUAUAUUUUUAAACCUGCAUAUUUAGCUAAAAGAAAUCCAGGUUAACAGGCAAUAUUAACCAGAUGAAAUUGUGUCACUUCUCUUGCGUUCAUUGCACGCAGUCAGGGUAUAUGCAACAGUUUGGGCCGCCUGGCUCAUUGCGAAAUAAUUUGCCAGAAUUUUACGUAAUUAUGACAUAACAUUGAAGGUUGUGCAAUGUAACAGGAAUAUUUAGACUUAUGGAUGCCACCCGUUAGAUAAAAUAGGGAACGGUUCCGUAAUCCGCUGAAAGAAUAAAUGUCUUGUUUUCGAGAUGAUAGUGUCACGUUCUGAACUUAGUUCUUUUGUUAUGUCUUAAAUAUGGUCAAAGCGUGAGUUGGGUGGGUUGUCUAUGUUAGUUUUUCUAUGAUUUGCUAUUUCUGUGUUUGGCCUGGUAUGGUUCUCAAUCAGAGGCAGCUGUCAAUCGUUGUCCCUGAUUGAGAACCAUAUUUAGGCAGCCUGUUUCCUGUUGUGUGUCUGCACCAGCCAGAACUGUUUUCGGUCGUUUCUCUUUGUUAUUUUGUUAUUUCCGUGUUCAUUUAAUAAAUAUGUACACAUACCACGCUGCACCUUGGUCCUCACCUUCUUCCACCGACGACGACCGUUACAGACCGUUACAGUUUCUGGAUUUGACCAUUAUUAAUGACCUAAGGCUCGUAUUUCUGUGUGUUAUUAUAUUAUUAUUAAGUCUAUGAUUUGAUAGAGCAGUCUGACUGAGCGAUGGUAGGCACCAGCAGGCUC